GGGAGAAGGUCAUAAAAAGUUUGAAUUUUCGGUAGUAGGUUCGUUCACGUUUGAGAGGCAGCAAUUGUAUAUACUCUAAAUUUCAGUGUGCUUUUUGGUUUAGUAAAAGUUGAUUUGUCUCUCCAUUUUUAAAACAAUUUUUUGCUGCCUCUUUAGUUUAUAAAUUUCCGGAGAAAAUGAGAGACCAGAGUAUCGACUUCAACCAACAAUUUAAGCUUUCUGUGGUAGAAAAGGAUGUUAUUGUAAUUGGUAAUGGUCCAGCUGGGCUGAGUGCCAGUUUUUUGUUGGCUGGCCAUCACCCUAUCUAUAACGGAACUGGCCAUCCUGACCCAAUGCUCUCUGCACGUUUAUCCUCUCUUUCAGAGGGAGAGUCCCUAAUGUCUGAAGAAAAACUGCAAUUCUUAGCCCAGGGAAUGGACGAAUAUGGAGGUACAAGUCUUGUGGGCACAUUAUUUGAUACCUUAAUGCGCCCUGGUGCAGUAACAGGACUCGACAUCUUAUCACCUGUUACCUGGUCUCUUGCUCUUCCUAUAGACCAUGUGGUUCUUGGUGAUGGUCCUCCUGGCGGUAUUUGGCAGAGAUUGGACCCAGAUUUGCUGACUCUUUCGCUCAGUUCAUGGAUGGAGCUCCCUGGUCUUAGAAUAUCCUCAGAUAGUCAACAACAACGUAUUACCGCUAAAGAAGUUGCAGAAUACUAUAAGAGAUAUGUAAUGGAGUUAGGGCUAUCAAGAUACUAUGAGGAAUGUAGAGUUGUAUCAGUAAGACACCUACAAAAAAUGCCAAAGACUAAUUGGGAAGUCAUAACUGAGGAUGCUAAUGGCAACAGGAUUAUUUAUCAAUCAAGGUUCAUCAUAUUAGCAACUGGAUCAUGUAUUCCAAAAAAGCUUGGCAUUAGAGGUGAAGAUGAAAAUAAUAUUGUUCAUGAUUUGCUUUCAUUUGAAGAAAAAUUGUCUAAUUUUACGGAUCGGCAUUGUCGGGUGUUAGUUAUUGGUUCUGGUCUUAGUGCUGCUGAUGCUGUGCUCCUGGCACGCUUCAGAAACUGCCAGGUUAUUCAUAGCUUUAGAGCUGAUGAUGUCACACUUGGUUCUAUGUUACCUGAAUCAAUGUAUCCUGAAUAUCAUAAGGUCCAUCAGAUGAUGAAGCAUAAUCAUGGCUACCCAGGUUAUUUUGCUUAUGGUGGCAGUACUGUUAGUGACCUUCAAUCUAACCAUGCAAUUAUUAAUGUACCCAGUCACAGCAAGCCUAUCAUAGUGGAGUUUGAUGUCUGUGCUGUACUCAUUGGUAGCCAUUCCGAUUUAUCAUUCCUGAACAACUUUACUUCUGGCCUUGAAUUGACUAGAAAUGAGGAGAUGAGAGAAAUAGACCCAAAGAGAAAUCCUGUUGUUGUAGACCCAUGGACCUAUGAAACCAGCAGGUUCAAAGGAAUUGGUUUGCAUGCCAUUGGUUCUCUUGUUGGAGACAUAUACGUGAGGUACAUACCUGGUGGAGCUGUAGCUGCUGUCUCUCAUAUAGUUAAUACCAUCAAAAUUUGUAAUAACGCUCAUUGAUAUUACCAAAGAUAAACAAGGACUUGUAAAUUUAAUUUGUAAAUAAAUAAUUAUUUUUAAAACAA